UGCGAUAAGGCCGCCCGGUGUUAGCCCAAGUCCCAACAAUCGCAUUGUACCUACCCACUUCAACCGCUCAACCAUUCAACGCCGCCAAUCAGUUACGCCACCACCGAAAAAGUCUACGCCCGUCCACGGUCGCACCCGCCAUACGCGUCGCAGCCCCACGCAUUCCGCGCCGCCAAACAGAAACAUCAUGUCUCGCUUUGGCGUGUUUGUCGUUGGCCCAGCUGGCUCCGGGAAGUCGACAUUUUGUUCAGCGUUGAUCUCGCACCUGAAGAAUGCAAAGCGAUCAUGCCUCUACGUCAACUUGGACCCGGCGGCGGAAGACUUUGAUUUCGAGCCUGACGUCGACAUCAAGAACCUCAUCAGUCUCGACGAUGCGAUGGAGGAGAUGCAGCUUGGACCCAACGGGGCUAUGAUGGCUUGCUUCGAGUUCCUGAUGGAAAACCUCGACUGGCUCGAAGCGGAGCUCGACGGCACCACCGAAGAGUUCAUAACCAUCUUCGACUGCCCGGGUCAAAUCGAGUUGUACUCGCACGUUCCGAUCCUGCCGAACCUGACGAAGCACCUGUCGAUGCAGAUGGGCUACUCGUUGUGUGCCGCGUACCUGAUCGAGUCCACAUUCGUUGUCGAUAAGGCCAAGUUCUUUGCCGGAACACUGUCGGCGAUGAGCGCCAUGAUCAUGCUGUCAAUCCCCCAUCUGAAUAUCCUCAGCAAGAUGGACCUGGUCAAGCAGCAGGUCUCGAAACGCGAGCUCAAGAGGUUUUUGGAUCCCGAUCCGACCAUGAUUGCAACCGAUAUACAUGCGCAGACCAAUCCUAAGUUUCAUAAGCUCAACGAAGCCGUCGUAAACCUCAUCGAGGACUUUUCCAUGGUGUCGUUUCUACAGCUCGAAGCUCAGAACGAGGAUAGCGUGCAAGGAAUCCUUAGCUAUAUCGAUGACUGUCUGGGCUGGUCGGAGGUGCAGGAACCACAGCUGAAGGACAAUCCGGAUGCAGACUGGCAAGAAGCGGAAUAGAAUAAUAAACAAAAUACUAGACGACCAAUAA